CUCGGACGUCGAAAACUUGUAGCUUACGUAGCUGUAGCUAGUCGCCGGGGUAAGCUUGAUGUUUUGUUUGUAUGGACUCUCAAACAAAUUAUGUAUGACUGUAGAGCAUGAAGCUUUUUAUUUAGCAAUUAUUUUAAGCUAUAAAAUCCUUCUAAAACGUGGAUAUAAAACCGACUGAUCCGUGUGUGUGACAAGUCACUAGCUGCUGUCUGCUGCUGCUGCUGCUGCUGAGCAGUGCUGAGCUAUCUGCAACCUGCAACUGAACUAUGCUGUAGUGUAUGUAACUAAGCUAAAACACUAAUUUAGUGUUUUGCUAUGUUGUUGACCGCCUCCCCUGCCGCAUGUUCUUGCUUUGGUUGGUCGUGGCUUCAGCAGAGAUCGUCAUGGAGCUAUAAAAAGGAGGAAAGAUCAUCAGAGUUAAUCUUGAAAAGCUGAACCCCUAUCCCAUUCACUUCUGGAGAGUCGACAGGAGCGAGGAGUAUUAUUUUAUUGCAACUGUUUAUGACCACUGAAUAAACCUCUGGAUAAGGAUUUUACGAAGUGAAUGAUGGGAGGUAGUGAGUGCUUCAUGUGACAUCAAGAGACAUCUACAGAGACUUGUGCACGAUGCAACUUUGAUGACUGAAGCACAAAACCACUGAUGAUUGUGGAUUGGAUUAUAACCUUUGACCUCAUUAGCGCAAUCCGAGGAUAAUCUCCUCCACUGCCUGGAUUAAUAAAACCACACUGCCAUUCCUUCAGAGGGUUAGCUGUGAUGGCUACCCUGGGUGGACUGUCCCUGUGCCUUCUAACCACUGUGAGUCUCGCUGCCUCUUACUCAGUGUAAGAUGGAGUUUGUCAACACACCAAGAUCCUCUCGCAUGGACGAUGAAGACCACGAGCACUGCCUUGAGAAUGAUGAUUGCCCUCAGCAGCUCGCCCAUCAGGCCGCCACCACGGGCAAGGUGUCGCUCCUUAUGGAGGCAGUCAACCAUGAUCCAAGCGCCCUUGAGAGCCAAGAUGAAAAAGGGAUGACACCCUUAUCCAGAGCGGUCAUAAGUAAACAGCUGGACAUGGUCAAGCUGUUAGUCAAAAUGGGAGCCGAUAUCAACACCCGUGAUUCUCUAGGCCGUACGCCCCUUUGCCUGGCAGCAUAUGAGGGUUGGCAUCAUGGUGUGGUGUACUUGCUACGCAGCGGGGGUAAACAGGCUAUUGCAGACCGCAGCGGGCGGCUACCUCUUCAUGCUGCGACAUACGACAAGGACUCCAGGUCCCUCUCAGCCCUCCUGCAGACCCUCACCAUCGGUGAUGUUAACGAGCCGGACAAUGACGGGAUGACGGCGCUACAUUGGGCAGCGUUCCACAACCGCCCGGAGCAUGUGCAGCUUUUAAUGCUGCGCGGUGCUGAUCUGUACUGCGUUGAUGUUGAUGGCAAGGCGCCGUUACAUUGGGCUAGCCAGAAUGGUUGUCUAGCCUGCUGCUCCAUCAUGGCCAAGUGUCGCAGCGGCGGUGCACCGCUCAUCGACAUGAUCGAAGGAUCGGGUAAAUCCUGCGCGCAUCUUGCAGCUGCAGCUGGCUUCAGCAACAUACUGGAAGAGUACGCCGAUGUACCGGCCGUCGAUUUUGAGGCACUGGAUCCCGAUGAUCGGACACCACUUCACUGGGGAGCUGUUUCUGGUAAGCUAGAAUGCGUCCAAAUGUUGCUCCAGUUGGGUGUGGACCCGUCACCCCAUGAUGUGAAUGGUGGGACACCACUAGACUAUGCCAAGCAGGCUGCCAAACCUGAAGUCAUGAGGAUUCUACAACGGGCAGGUGCAGAGUUUGGAACAAUGGCUUUGUCCAAAUCCUCCCAGGAAAUGGGUCGGAUAGGGGAAGGGGAGAAGCCUCGUAAGAAGAGGUUCGGAUUCCUGACGGACUGGUUCAGCCGUCGUAAGAACGGCCUGAGUUAUAAAUCCCCGUCAGAGGAAUCGGAAGACCCCAAUAGUGCCAAAGAGAGAACUGGUGUUGCUAUGGCAACCUUUGACCAAUCAAACUAUGCAACGGGUCACAAGGAGCCGGACUGCGAUUGUCGGCCGGAUGCCGGGAGCUCGGAGGAAGAUGUUUCGGACGAUUGCCUCCAUCCCGGAUUCAGGACUCGGAAAGGGCCCUCGGACACCCUCGCUGAUCAAAGCCUCAACGAUCAUCCCGACACAGGCUCCAACAAGCGGAGUAUGAGCGAAGACCUCGCCUACAUCAGGAGGAAUUCUUUCCCCACAAGUGGCGAGUCGGACUUACUUGAGAAAUCCCCGAGAAGAGGAUCGGCUUCCGUCAUCCGAGCGACAUCACCGAUUUACGUUGAUGGCGUGCAUGCGGACGAGACCUUCAUCUCUAGUAGACUCGGAGCUUCACCGGUACCCAUGCCAAUUGCCACCAAGGGAUCUUCACAUUGGAAUGACGAUGCUGGUUCCCUUGGGGAAGUGACUGUCAUGUUAAAACCUUUGUGUCGCGAGCUCCCGGACGCUGAUACAGUACAGCGUCAAGCGCAGGAAAUCCUUGAUGCACAGAGAAGUGAAAAUUGGAUAAGUUCUGGAAGUGGUGCCAGCCUUAAAUCAAUGCCCAGUUUAUGCGGUCGAAGUCUCUCUCACAAGAACCUGUAUGUUUCCAGCGUUCCAAAACUAGCCCCUCUCACAACAAGGCCACCUGUGUCUCCUGGAACAGAUCCUCUCUUAGUUCUCACGCAUCGCAACACAGCGCCCUCACCUUCUGCGCUUAUCCACGCCCACUGUGCACCAGCCAACUUAUCAACCUAUCACUUGAGUACCAAGGAACGGACUUCAGAAAAUCAGUACGGUUCUUGUCCAACGAUCAACCACAAGGGACUUCCCAAUAGCAAGGGGAGUAAUGUCAGGAGCUCUCGACUGGAAGCCCUAAAGCCUAUCCAGUCUCAAAGUGCAGAAAAGAGCGAGAAGAAAAAGAAGAAGAAGAAACUAAAACCGUUGUCCUUGGUAACAACUAAACUCCCAGAUAGCGACUCACUUGAUUUGACACUCUCAGCACCAGCAGGUUCUUCCAAAGCAGACAUAUUCUGCCAUUCUUUGCCUCUGAAAUUUGACGCAUCAUCUGCAGACCCUGUCACUAAAUCAUAGUCAAGCCAUAGUCUGUGUCAUUCUGUAGUUUGUAUUAUUCCGCCCACCAUCUUUGUCAUGUUACCAGACCGCAGAAGUGACAGUGAAGGUUGUUUGCAUGAUGCAAAAAGGAGGCCAGACUGUUUUACCUCAAGCCUUUGUUUGGUUUUGUUGAAUUGAAUGGAAGAAAACAAGAUGGUUGCAACAUACUCACUGGCUGCAGGUAUUCUGCAGACUCUGCAUGCUGUAGGUAUUCUGCAGACUGCUGUAGGUAUUCUGCAGACUGCUGCAGGUGAUCUGCAGACUGCAUCAGAUGAUCUGCAGACUGCAACAGGUGAUCUGCAGACUGGUGCAGGUAUUCUGCAGACUGCAACAGGUGAUCUGCAGACUGCAACAGGUGAUCUGCAGACUGCAACAUAAAAUCUGCAGACUGCUGCAGGUAUUCUGCAGACUGCUGUAGGUAUUCUGCAGACUGCAAAAUGUGUGUACACUGAAGGCAUCUUUCAGACUCUGCAGAAUGUGUAUAGACAACAGUAACUAGUUGCUUUGUAAUUUGGUUUCUGGAUAACAGUGCCUGCUUGAUUACUUGAAGUGCUGCAGAAUGAUCCUCAGACUUCUGAUAACCCAUACAAAAGUGUUUCUAUAUUCUGCAGGCUAGAGUAGGCUCUUGUUAAUUUGACUUCUGUCACAGAGUGCAGAGUAUUUUCUUUCCUCUUUUUUUGUGUCUUAAUUUUGCAAAAGAUCCUUCCUCGAUUUCCAGGCCACAUUUUUGUACUCUAAAUAGCAUCGUUAACGUCACCAUGAAUUAUUUUUCCAUUAUGUUUCCAUUUCCAUUUAACUUAUGAAAGCUUUAUUGGGAAGUUUAUUAAUUUCUGUCAUUGUUCUAUUAUUCCAAGUAGGCCUUUAGGAAGCAGUGGUUAUGAAGUAGGAAUUCUGUAAAUGACCUAAGUUGCUUGAUGUCGUCAGCACAAUAAUCUGGUUUUCUCAAUUCCGAAUUCAGAAUUUUAUAUGAAUUUUAUCUGUUGGGUAGAAGUAAAGAGUUGUGGCAUUAUGGAAAGCAAACUUUGCCAAAGUGUGCAACAUGGACAUAAAUUUGUGUUCUGAUUAGUCUUAAUUUUUUAAGAAUCAAUAACAAAUGAGAAAAAAUUUAAGAUGUUCGAAAUUUCUAUGAAGGAUAGGUCAUGAUUUUAAUUAAGGAUUUGAUUUAUUUUCUUUUUCAAUAUUUGCCGGACAUUAUGCAAUGAUAAGUUAAAUUAAACUAUUGUUAUAAGGACAAUCAAUUGAACCUCGCCAAUCUCAACUAUGUUGAGUCCUGUGGAGAAAACCCUUCAUAACACUCGGGUGGACAUUUUCUUUUUUGAAAAAUUUAAAAUAUGACAUUAAUAGAUGUCAAGGACAAAUAGGUUAGUCUAUUCCAAGGAGGAAUUAUGUAUCUUUCAUGAGGUCAAAAUUAUUACCGUUUUGAUUGAAUACCAUGGAAAGACGAGAAUGAACCAAUUUCCAUGAAAAUGCAACUAUACAUUUGAAAUGUGCAUUAGGCCUAUGUAAAGUUUGUGGAUGCUGUUUGCGCAAGCCUGAAGGUGCAUCAAACAAGGCUCUAAACCAAGAGUGUAUUUUUAUCAAAGACAGAUCACUGUAUAUGCCACAAAUUAUUUAUCAAACAUAAUUUAAUUACUGUAUUAAUAUAUUCUUGUAGAUAUCAAAAUUCUAUCAACAAAAAAACGUGAUUUUUAUAAAGAUUUCCAAGUUGUAUUACCGGACAGUACUGUGGGACCGUUGUGCAUUUUAGACACGCCAGAUGUUAUUUUAAAAACAAAUUAACAAUUUUUUUAAUCACUCACAUUAAUAAGUGCAAUUACGUGAUAUUCGAACAAAAUUUUGUGACGGACCUUUUUAGACAAAUCAGUUGUUAGGGUUAUGUUGUUUUUUCCAUGUUUUUUGUAAGGUGCAGUUGUUGUGACUUGUGACGUGCAAUAAUUCUAAAAAAUUAGUGAUUUAUUUUUAUGUACAAACUUGACGAGUGUCUUCUAUCAACUUCUUUGUGACGCUGAACACUCUGUCAAAGGUAUUAGCCUGUUUGAGAUAUGGUGCAAAUAAUGUUACUCCAAAUCUGGAUCUGUGGGAGGAAAACCCCAGAUAAAUAUACCAGGGAAAACCCACGCAGUCAAGGAGGGACUGAAAACCCAAUCCACAU